CUCUUUUUUUAGCGUCACAAACGCUCCAUAAAUGUGUGCGAGAAAAAGGAGGCAGUGGCUCGGGAGGAGUUACUCACGGGGGUGUCUGCCUCUGUCUCCCUUUGGGCUUGUCCUCCGCUCAGCUUUCUCGUGAUGGCUGCGCCCCUCACGGCGGGACCUCUGCCACUGUGAGGAAGAGGCAGCGCGUAGGCCAAGCCUGUCUCGCAGAGCCCGUGGAGGGGGUGUAGGUGGCGACUGUGAUGAGCGGCGGGCGGGUGGCAGGUGAGGGAGGCGAGGAAUCCUUCUAAACGCCCGCGCCCUCCUGCUGCCCUAGGGAGGUACAGGCUGCUGAUGUAUCCGCUUCUUCGUAGAUGAACUGAGACUAAUUCCAAUGGAGAGUCAUAUAUGAUAAUUAUAGGAACAUCGUUUUACUCAUUAGGAAUCGCUUUUAAGGAGUCGCCCAUAAUAAUCGUGUUUUAUUUUCUGACUGUCCACUACUGUGCAGGUUUAUAUUUGGAGUUAAUCCCUCUUCGCUCAGCUGGGGCUUAACGCUCAGGUGCAAACUUUGAAAAAUGAACAGCAGCACACAUUUUCCGAGUUUAGAGCUUAUUUGGCUUAAAGCUCGACGCUUCGCAGCUGACUUUCCCACAAGGUGUCCUUAAAGUAUUGAGAAUGGCCAGCAAGAAAGAACCUCCUUUCUUCAAUGAGGAUAACAUGGGACCGUUUCAUUACAAACUUCCUUUCUAUGAGACAAUGGAGCUCUUCAUCGAAACUCUCACAGGAACAUGCUUUGAGUUGCGAGUAUCUCCUUUUGAAACAGUUAUGUCUGUGAAAGCUAAAAUCCAGAGAUUGGAAGGUAUCCCCGUGUCGCAGCAGCACUUAAUCUGGAAUAAUAUUGAGUUGGAGGAUGACUAUUGCUUGAAUGAUUACAACAUAUCAGAAGGUUGCACUUUGAAGUUGAUAUUGGCAAUGCGAGGUGGACCUAUUAAUACUAGAAGAGUUCCCGUGGAAGACCCAGUUAGGGAAAUAACAGAGUACAUGGAUCCCAGUCGAGAUGACACCUGGGAGAAAGGCCCAUCCAGUAAACAGGUUACCUUCUUGGUAUACCGGGAAGGAGACCAGUUGAAUUUUUUUCGUGUGGUAGACACAGAAAAUGAAACUUUAACACCAUUGUCUGAAUCGUUAAGUGGUUCAGUUUAUAAUUUGUAUGCUGAUGAUGAAGAUACGGAGGCAUCUCCUUCUGGUCAACAGAUUAUUGAGAACUGCAUUAUGAUGAACAAAAUGAAGCUGCUCAAGGCAAAGAUGGAGAACAUCAAUCUCAAUAAAAAGCCGAAAAAAGUUAUCAAAAUGAAUCUUCCUCCUCCAAUGGCUAUUCGUCCAUCUAGUAGCUCCAUGUCAACUGUUCGUCAUAGAUUUCUGCGAGCACUCCCUCACAUUGGGCAAUCUUACCUACCUCCUGAGAAUUCAUAUUCCUCAGAAUUGUCUCAAAAUUCACUUGCAGUUUUGACAACUACUGGUAGAAAGAUUCCAUCAAUUACUAGUAACUUUCUUAGGGAAAAUGACAAAUGGGAGAGUGCUUCACAGUCACAGCCAAUGAGUAGCAUUAGGCUACCAUCUAAAAUGUCACAUAUGGAAAAAGAUGCAAAACUGCUUGCAAACAGCAUGGUUUCUCCAGUCCUAGCUUCAUUUACAAAUUCAGGAAAAAAUGAAGACAAUAGCGCCUCAAUAAAUGAAAGAGCUCCUGUCUUGUACCCAGAUCUCACAAAAGUGGAUUUGUGUGCCACAGAAGAAAAAAUCCUACCAAACACAGAUACUUUCACUUUGUUAGCAGAAGCAAACAUCUCUGAACCAUACAGUGAAUUAUAUGGAACAGGAAAAGUGAAUACAGAGCUUGGAUUAUCUGCAGGUAGUGAAGAAUCACCUACUGCAGAGCACCCUAGCAAGACCAUUACAAAACUUCUGACUUCAGCAGCUGAUACUAUCCUUAACUCCCACGAACUAAGUCCUCAGAAAAACACACACUUGUCUCCUCUUCAGUGUUCAGUACAGAUGGCACAUCACAGCCCCCGGAAGCCUCACAUUCAAUCAAAGUGUUUUGAGGUUGGAAAUUUGAGGCCUGCUGCCUCUCCAACUGUGCUACGAUCAUUAGAUGUGCACAGUUUGGGAGACUCCUCUUGUCCAAGGACUUCUAGAUUUCAUGGCAUCAGGAUAGACUCACCUGGCAAAAGAUCUGAUAUCCAUUCUAAAAUGGAGUCAAGGGAAAUCACAGAAGUGGCUAUCAAGGCUUCAAAAGAACCUGUUGUUUCUGUAAACAAUGUAGGAUUCCUGACUUCAUUGACUCGAAGCACAAAUGGAGAUGGUUUACAGAAUUCCUGUGGGAAAGGCAGGUUUCGGAUUUCUGGUAUUGCACGAACUACAAACCUCCAGCAUCUUCAAGAAGAAAGUUUAGGAAUAGUCUCUCCUCACAAUGAAAUGCCUGGAUACUUUCUAUCUCCUGGGCUUGGAUUGAAUGGAAAUAUUGCAGCAGCUACAGGGAAAAGAAUAGGUGAUGCAACUUAUCUCCCACCUGUGAAUGCCUCAGUUCAGACUAAAAAGAAGAUUGCGAAGCACUGCUUCUUCUGUGGAAAGAAAACGGGAUUAGCAACUAGCUUUGAAUGCAGAUGCGGAAACAACUUCUGUGCAACCCACCGCUAUGCAGAGACUCAUACCUGUUCUUAUGACUACAAGAAUGCAGGGCGAAGAUACCUGCAGGAGUCUAAUCCUGUUGUCAGUGCACCAAAACUUCCCAAAAUCUAAGCAUGGUUGUAUGGCAUGCAUUUGUCUGCCAGAGGAAUCCUAUUACACUGGAAGAAGCAGCCACGGUUUUGGAUUGCUUGUCUUUUGCUGUGCUCCAAACCCAAAUUUCCCAAGUAACAAGGCUGCAUAUUAUUGAAGAAUAAUGUGAACAGUGCUGUCACUGACACCUUUUAUUCUGUAGUGAAUCAAAAAAUUUAAAAAGUAGUUUUUAAAAAGGUACUUUCUGAUGCGUUA